GUUUGACUACCGAACGGCCGCCGUAGUGCGUCGCCUCCGUUGCCUUGGGAAACGACCCGGGAACUGGGUUGUGGGGAAAGACGUUUCCCGCCGGCGGGAGCUGCGGUUGUAGCGGCGUGGGGAGAUCUGAGGCUGCGGGGCCCAGCGCCGCAGUACCAUGGCUGACCAGAUUUAUCUGGAAAAUAUAGACGAGUUCGUCAUGGACCAAAACAAGAUCGUGACAUACAAAUGGCUGAGCUACACACUAGGAGUUCAUGUUAACCAGGCCAAACAGAUGCUGUAUGAUUAUGUUGAAAGGAAGCGAAAGGAAAAUUCGGGAGCCCAACUGCAUGUCACCUACUUAGUGUCUGGCAGUCUUGUUCAGAAUGAACAUUUGUGCCACAAGGUUGCAGUAGUGAGAGAAGAUAAAUUGGAAGCAGUGAAGUCCAAGCUGGCCGUGACUGCCAGCGUCCAUGUGUACAGCGUCCAGAAAGCCAUGCUGAAGGACAGUGGGCCUCUGUUCAACACCGACUAUGACAUCCUUAAAAGCAACUUGCAGAACUGCAGCAAGUUUAGUGCCAUACAGUGUGCCGCUGCGGUCCCUAGAGCUUCUGCCGAAACCUCAUCUUCUGAAAAGUUGGAGCAGUCGAAUCUUCAGGUGUCAAGUGAGGCACAAGCCAGUAAUGAGUUGACCACCAAUGGAUAUGGCCCACCUAGCUCCAAACAGAUUUCCCACCAACCUAAAGGAAUUAUGGGAAUGUUUGCCUCUAAAGCUGCUUCUAAAACCCAAGAGACCAACAAAGAAACCAAAACAGAAGUUAAAGAGGUGACAAAUGCAUCUUUAGCAGGUAACAAAGUACCAGCGAAAGGGAAUGUGAUGAACAAUUUUUUUGGAAAAGCUGCUAUGAAUAAACUGAAAGUCAAUUUGGAUUCAGAGCCAGCACUGAAAGAAGAAAAAAUUGUGGAACAACCUCCACUGUCUGUCACUGAACCAAAGCUGGCAGCCCCCACAGGCCUGAAGAAAUCCAGCAAAAGAGCAGAGCCUGUUAAGAUGCAGCAGGAGAAAAAAAGGGGGAAGCGAGUGGAGCUGUCUGACGACGAAACGAAAGAAACUGUGAGCACAAAGAGAAAGAGGAGAAGAGUCAAACUUCCCGAGUCUGACAGCAGUGAAGAUGAAGUCAUACCAGAUUCUCCUGGAGUUUAUGAAGCUGUGUCACCAUCCCCACCUCCUCCUGCGUCUCCCCCUCCUGACCCAGCACCGAAGACUGAACCAGAGCCUCCUUCUGUCAAGAUCGUAGGCGGAGAAAACAAAAGAAAACGAAAGCGUGUGCUGAAAUCUAGAAUGUUUCUGGAUGAGGACGGCUGCAUGGUGACUGAAAAAGUCUACGAGAGUGAAUCCUGCACAGACAGCGAAGAAGAACCUAAGAUGAAGACAUCAUCCAUACACAGACCCCCAGCAGUGACUGUCAAAAAAGAGCCCAAAGAGGAACGAAAGGGCCCCAAGAAAGGGACUGCUGCUGGGGGCAAAGCCAACAGACAAGUGUCCAUCACUGGCUUCUUCCCGAGGAAGUGAACCGCCAUCUCUGUCGGGUCGGAGGUGUGGAAUGGUCAGGGAGGAGACCAAGACGUACAGACUCUCGCUUACUGUGUAAGUUCAUCCAGCGCCUCGCCUCACCUAUGUCAGAGGACCGUUCUUCCGUCUUGUAAGGUUUAUACUACCGGUUUCUAGGCAAAAAGAAAUCACCUGGAAGCAAGAGGCAAAAGAAUAUUUAAAAAGAUGUUACCUUCUAAUGACAUUUUUAAAGCACAGUCUUUGACCUGUCCAGCAGAAGACUUUACUCCAAAAAAAAAAAACUGGAACAGGUUUCAGAAUUAUCACUGAAGCCAUUUAGUGGCUAACCCACCUCGCCCUACCUACCCCGUGUCCUGAUCCGCAUAUGGCUCUGGGAGUAUUCCUCCUCAUUCCUUUGUAUUCUGUGGACUCGUGUGGUAUUCUUUUAUCCCUGAAUUUUAUUGGAUAUGUUUACCACUCCCUUAUCAUCCCUUCCCCUCUAACACAGUUCUUCGUGAAGCCGUUUUCUGUAACUUUGAAAUCUUGGGUGAACUAAAGGCUGAAACAAAAAUCUCCCUGUAAUCAUCUUUUCCUCCAUUAUAAAGUGCACUGAUGCCUGGCCACAUGCCAGCUCCCUACUUGUGUUCUGCCCCUUCCACAAAAGCUCUCUAGCUCACAAUUAGCGGUUCGGGAGACCUCAGGCGGAGCACAAACAGAAGUGUAAGGGUGUGUUCGGCUCCACCAGAAAUCACGGAGAGUCAGCGCUGACAGUGUUAGAAGGCGUGUCGUGUGGCUGACACGGGUGUGCUGUGUGGUGCUCUUUGUGAUUUUGGUCUCCUCCCCUCUCACCCUUUCCCACUUCAAUACCCAGAGAGUGAAACCCAUACAAUGAAAUGAAGGCUGAAAAGAAAUCUUUUCCUACAUGCAGCAUGUAACAGUUAAGUAAAAUUUCUUCUUAACGAAACCGAGUGUUCAGAAACAACAGUUUUCCAGGAAGUUCAUGAGGAAGAGAGAAAAGCACACACUUACAAUACAGAUGUUGCUCCUCUGUAUUUUUAAACCUCCCAUUUGCCUGAAAGUACAGGCUCCCCAAGAAGAGAUAGAGAGACUGAAUUAUUAGGAGGUCCAAACUGCUAUUAAAUAUUUUCAUUUGUUCCUUAAGGAAAAUCAUGCACUCCAGUGAUAGCUUUUAAGCGACUUCCAUUGUGCCUGGACAGUGGGCUCAAUGGACGGAGGUGGAGUGGCAGUGACCUGCACAGUGAGCUCUGGGACAGGAACACGGGCUUGGCUGCUGGUGUGAUUCACGGCAAACAGACCAGGGAUGCCUGACUUCUUUCCAUCUCAGCCUGGUAUACGUCCUGAGUGACACAGCCUGCCAUGUGCUGUUCAAGUGCGUGUUAUAAUGGACCUGAGAUGAAGAGCAGCGUCUUGAGCGGCUGUCACCUCAGGCUCUCUCGCCAGACACCCCAUGGCCUUGAUUAAGCCCAGAGGUUUGGCAUUACUUCUCGGACUUGUAAAGGCAGAGGCUUGUGUAGCAAGCCGAGUAAAGGUUGACAUGUUCCAACCCCCUUUCUUUUUUAGAUCUAAAAGGAUGGAGAAAAAUCUAAAAGCCUCGACUUAAACCUUUACAAAAAUUUCUGGAGAGGAAUCCCUUUUAAAUGGUUAUUUUUCUCAUUGCUUGCAGUGACAAAAAAUACAAAUGCAAAUGAAAAAAAAGAAAAAUCAACUCAGUCUUUUUUUUUUUUUAAUUAUGCUGAGAUCUCUAGUAGACUGAAUUUUGAAGUGGAGGCCUCCAGGGCUGGUUGGAAGGGGGGUACAAACCUGGGGACAGCAGUCCUGCAGUCACCACGCCCGGUGUGCUGCCGCAGCUCUGAGCUGCCUACGAGAUUUCGUUAGUAAGUGGUGGCCUUUUUUUCUUUUUAUCCAAAACUACCAUGUUACCCCAUGAGUUAAAUAAA